AUGACUUCGGUCAAACCAAAGAAGCAGUAUCGCCGGUACACAAACCGCGACCGCAAGUGCCUCUUAGCCCACUUUCAUGCCUCACCACUACAGGACGAAGCUAAGUUCUGCGCCGACAUGCAAAUCGCACGCUCCACUUGGCGUGGUUGGCGCAACAAUGAGCAAGCUAUCCUUCGCAGCAAACGGCAUGGUUCCAAGGGCUCUCUAAGAGGUCAGGGACGCAAAACCAUCAUUCCCUUCAAGGAUGCACUCCUUGCCUACAUCGACGAGUGCCGAGACGAAGAAAAGUUUGUCCACAUGAUGCGGUGGAUCCGCCGCAACCAACACGAAUGGCUGACACACGUACCUGAGCACCAAGAAGAACGCCUCGACCGGCUACGACUCUCUGUGCUGCCUUCUGCGUCGGUUUUGCACGCGAGAACGACUGUCCCAACGAGUCCCGUGCGUCAACAAGCUGUGAACUUUUCCGCCCAGCACUGUAUCUCUCCGAUCCUCUACGUCCAUGGAGUCCCUCCACGGCAACGGCACGACCCCACGACCGAUGUCAAGUUCCAACCAUCCUACCGACCGUCGGGUCGUUUGGGUGAGCAGUGGUAUUACUUCAGUGGCAAACCUAAACUCUACGGACUCAAGAUCGAAGCGUCCAUGUUAGCGUAA